UCUCAGGGGGAAGGACCAGGCCCUGAGGUGAAGCCCCACCGGCCCUAAGCCAGUCUCUGCCUUGUCCCUCUCCAGAAGCAGCUACUGGACUGGAAAGCCUUCACGGAGGAGGAGGCAGAGAGCCUGGUGAGCCCGUCCUUCUUGCAGAUGGUGGGAGCGCUCCAGAGCAAGGUGGAGGAGGAGCUGGAAGGCCUGGAUAACUGCUUCGAGGCCCUGGCUAAGCGGACAGAGCAGCAGAGCGCAGACCUCUUCAGCUACUUCCAGGAGGCCGUGCAGCUGUGGGAGGCACAUCAGAGCGUGCUGUCGGUGCAGGAGCUGGAGCUGGAGAAGAGGAUGGAGCAGCAGCGGCAGAAGCACAGCCUGGAGAACCAGGCCCAGGAGGCCCACCUUGACAAGCUCUUGGACCAACUGAGACAGCAAAGCCAUGAGGAAACACUGAAGCUUCACCUGGAAAAGGCCAAAGAUUUUCUGGAGAAUAUGAAAUGCAGGUAUGAAUGUUUUCACGUCCUCCUGACAAAGGAAGUGAUGGAGUACGCGGUGAUCAUACUGAAAGAGCUCAACUCCUACAGCUCCACCCUCAGCUAACAUUUCUAUGUUCGUGAAAUCUUUGAGCAGGUAUGGAG